GACAUGACGCAGCUUUAAUGGAUAGGUGAAUAAAUCUUUAAAACGGUACUUAAUAUAAAAUACUUUAAAAAUUCAUUUAUAGACAACUAUCAUUGUAACCAUAUAGAUUUUUAGUUCUAUGAACUCUAUCAACAAGAACGCAAUUUGUUGGUAGGUGAUUUUUGGCAAUUGUUAUUUUUCGAUAUUGACAUAUAUCUAAAGUUGGGUUUGUGUAAAAUUAGGAAAUGCCAAUAUAGUUAUGAUACUAUUAAUUUGGUUUAAAAAUUAGAGACAUUCAGAGAUUAUUUCAUAUUUUGGAGUUACUCAGUAAUACUAUUAAAUCGCAUACAACUUAAGAAUACGAUGGACACAAGUUAGUAACUAGCAAAUUUGGAAAAUAAGAAUACAAUAGUAAUGGAAUCAUCUCCAUCUAGUUCAACUUGGUCUGAAGCAUUCAUAUUAAGCGAUGAUAGUGGUCUUUUAUUAACCAAUGAAUCUACCUCUAGCGUUAUUGGAGACAGUCAAAAUGGAAGAAAAUUAUUUAACUUUGAGGACAGUGACUGUGAAGAAAAGUCGUUGUCCCAAGAUGAUUCCUUAGAUGGAAUGUCAGAUAUAAUGUGUGGGGAUAAUUUCAAUACAUUAAAAAAAGGUGUGCAUUGGACUGAUUUCAAUGACAAACAUUGUUCUCCGAUAAAACCACCACUUCAGUUUCAAGAUGAUCUGAAUUAUCCGGUUAUAGAUUUCUUUUGUGAAAAUCUAUCACAACAAAUAAUUGAAACAGCAAUCCAAGAACACAAAGUGUUUGAACCAAUGAAAUUAAAUGUUUCGUCACAUAUACAAAAACAGUCUUUACUUAGCAAAUCUUGCUUUCCUUCUGAGUUUGUGACGUUCAGUCCCUAUCACAUUGGUAGAUCCACUUCUAGAGCUGGUUCUAGAAAUUCACUGGGAUCAUCUCGAUUAUCAAGUUCACAUAAUUCUUUAUCAAUACCAACCACACAAAAGGUAGAUGAUUCAACGUUCAUUACCCAAGCUGUUUCACAUGAUACUUUAUCUUCGAAUCAGAUCAGUGAUUUGUACAAUGUACCAUUUGACAGUGACAUAUAUGCCGUGCCUGUCGAUAUGGUAAAACGCCCACUAAAACUUAAAAAAUCUCAACAGCAGAAAAGGAAACGAAGAAAUAUCUCCUGGGGAUAUAGAGAUUUUGGAUUGAAAUAUCGAACACAGACUUUAUCCUUUCAAAAUGGUACCAAACGACAUAGUUUAGCUGGUACUUCAGCUUCUGCAGAAGGUGAACCCAUACAUGUUACUUUACAAGAAAUUCGUCACUAUCUACAAACUCUAUAUUCAAGUUCUUCAGAUUCUUUGGAACGCAAAGAAAAGCCACCAAAAAUAAAAACUGUUUUAAUAGCCAAUAAGAAUAGAUAUCCCAUAAAUAAUAAUCUAGUCAAAGAUAAAGAUUUGAAUCCUAUAACUGUUCCUCCAAGUAGAUCUAAGAAAAAUACAAUAUUUAUUAAUAUAAAAAACAAAAAAGUUAAAGAUUCUUGUGAUACCAUUGGCACGCAAAUACACAUUUCACCCACUAAAAAAGAUGAAAAAACAAGAAAAACGUUAAACAAGGUGUUUUCGUUAAAGCAGAUGUUAUGUAAUAUGUUUCGAUUUAAAAGAUUUCUUGCAACAGAACAGGUUAAAGAAGACGAAAAUAAUAAGAUAUAUGCAAGCAAAGAAAGCGAGCUAGAUAAUACACAUGGUAAUAUAAGUGGUAGAGCUUUACCUCCUUUACCCAAUAAGGAAAAUAUAAAAAAUGUAGAUUCAGAACAAAUGCUGGAUUUUGCUACGAGUAUUCAAAGAGUUAAAGACUUUGGUUGGUAUUGGGGCCCAAUUUCAAGCGAAGCAGCAGAAAAAAUAUUGUCCAAUGAGCCAGAUGGUUCUUUUAUUGUUCGUGAUAGUAGUGAUGACCAUUAUAUAUUUUCCUUAACAUUUAAGCUCAAUAACUGUGUUAGACAUGUGCGAAUAGAACAUGAUCAGGGUAAUUUUAGUUUUGGUAGCUGCACAAAGUUCAAAUCACAGACAAUUGUAGAAUUUAUAGAAAAUGCCGUGGAGCAUUCACGAAGUGGUAGAUAUUUAUUUUUUCUUCAUCGUAGGCCAGUUAUUGGUCCAGUUCGAGUGCAAUUAUUACAUCCAGUUUCUAGGUUUAAGCAAGUACAAAGUUUGCAACAUCUCUGUAGAUUUGUAAUUCAUAAGAAUGUGAGGAUGGACUUGAUACCGAAUCUUCCGUUACCUAGGAGGAUGAUAGAUUAUCUGAACACCCCGUAUUAUUAUACAGAACACUUAGUUGAUGUUCGCGAGUCCGAUGAAAUGAAAAGAAAUGAUGUGCUUUCAAUUGGUGUCCAAAAUAACGUCCAAUUAGUUAAUAAUUUAAUAGUACCUGUUAAUAAUUAUGUUGUAAAUAAUCCCAGUAAUGUAACUAGUGAUUGAGUGCACCAAUAUCGACAUAGAAUGAAAACUAUUUAAUUUAUUUAGAACUGAAGAUGAUCAUGAUAUAAAAUUAUGCAAAAACUCUAGUUUGUAACCUCUGACAAAAAAGUACAGUAUGUAUUGGAUGUCGUAAGGUUAAGUUCAAUAACGUUGCUCUAGAUAACAAUUUUCAACAUGUUUUUAAUAAAUUGAGCAAUAAAAAUUAGAACUAAAA